GGCUGCUCUGGGACUGAGAUGGAAAACUCGGAGCCAGCUAGGCCCUGCCAAGUUUCCUUAAGGCAAUAUCGACGUCAAAACGAUGUAUAUCGAUUGAUAUCGAAAGUUAAAUAUCCCCUUACCCGGGAUGUAUGAUAAACCAUAAAGCAUUUGCGACAUCGCGUCUGAUACUUCGUUGAAUGCGCUCCCUGGGGCCUAUGUCCCCAUCCUGACUGACACUUUGCAGACGAUCCCUUCAAUUUAGAGCGCGGCUCCUUUAAAUGUAUAGCUGUCCGUGGCGCUGCCUGCGCACAACCUUAGCGGUUUCCCACCUGAAGACACUGAAACUUUCUUCGAGAAGAGCGGAACCCUGAAAUGUCUGGCAUAGCCCUGAGCAGACUUGCACAGGAGAGAAAAGCGUGGAGAAAAGACCAUCCUUUUGGUUUUGUGGCAGUACCAACGAAAAAUCCAGAUGGCACAAUGAAUUUGAUGAACUGGGAAUGUGCUAUUCCAGGCAAGAAAGGGACCCCUUGGGAAGGUGGCUUAUUUAAAUUACGGAUGCUUUUUAAGGAUGAUUAUCCCUCCUCACCUCCUAAAUGUAAAUUUGAGCCACCCCUUUUUCACCCGAAUGUCUAUCCUUCAGGCACAGUGUGUCUGUCUAUCUUAGAAGAAGAUAAGGAUUGGAGGCCAGCAAUCACAAUUAAACAGAUCUUGUUAGGAAUACAAGAACUUCUAAAUGAACCAAAUAUACAAGAUCCAGCUCAAGCAGAGGCAUACACAAUUUACUGCCAAAACAGAGUUGAAUAUGAAAAAAGAGUCAGAGCACAAGCCAAGAAGUUCGCGCCAUCAUAAACUUCAACCUUGCAGCAUCUUAAAAUAAAAGGAAGGGAUUGGUUUGGCAAGAACUUGUUUACAAAAAAACAAUUUUUUUUGCAAAAAUUGAAUGAUGCUAAAUAGAAUUGAAACUCUCACUUAGGGGAGGGGGUCGUAUGUGUGCCAUUUUCCAUUUCCGCCACUUGUAUAGAGUUCUAAAUUUGCUGAAUAUCCCCCCCAGUUUUUUCAUACAGGGUCUCUUCCUUCAGUCUUUUUGUAUUUUGAUUGUUAUGAUGUAAAACUUGCUUUUAUUUUAAUAUUGAUGUCAGUAUUUCAACUGCUGUAAAAUGAUAAAACUUUUAUACUUCUAUAAAUUCACUAGUAAUCUCUAGUUUUCCUUUGCUAUCUGAUGCAGGCAUGCUUUCAAAUGUUUAGAACUAUAUCUAGCCUCUAGCUGGCUGUAUUAAGAACAAUGUCAUAAAUUCCACCCCCUCCCCUACCCCAAAUUUCUUUUUACGUCUUUAAGAAACUAGGUUGCACCUCAACCUAGAGCCUCAGAGAUUCAAUGUCAGUCAGCAUCUUGCUUCUGCAUCACUUCCUUUGUUUAUAUGGCGUUUUGUCUGUGUUGCUGUUUAGAUUAAAUAAACUGUUUAUAUAAAGUUUUUGUUUCUUUAUCUUUUUCAUUAAGAGGACCACAAAGCAGAAGUGUUCAGGCUUGUAAACUGACAUUGUGACAUUUUUAUUUUUUGUGUGAAAUCUGUACAUAUAUAUAUAUAUAAAAGAACUUUUUAUAACUGUUCUAUUCUUGCUGCGCCGUGAAAAGGAUGAGCAAAACGAUUGUAGCCCUGGCAUCUUGAUGUAGUUGGCUAACGUACUGUUGUCUUGUAAUCUGAAAUGCAGAUUUAAAUAAAACAGUUAGCAGUAAACCAAAAAACCUGGUAAGUAUAAUGAUCUUUGUUUAUAGAUCCUGCUUUCGUAUGAGCAAUGUACUACACGAAAUAAUAAUGCAAAUAAAACAAGUCCAUUGGAAGUGACAUUUGUUAAUAAA